AUGCUGUCUCGGGCAGCUGGUGUACGCAGAGCUGGCGCAGCUUCAUCUCUCUCCCUCCCAGCUCUGUUUUCACUGUCUUCUGUAUCAUCUGUAUCAUCUGUAUCAUAUCUAUCUUCUGCAUCUUCUCCUUCGUCUUCGUUGUCUUCUUCUGGUCUCCGCCUCAAUAUUACUAAUCCCUCCCGCCGAGGCUUCGUCCGCCCUCCAAUCACGCCCGGCCUUCCACCCCGCCCAGCAGUGACUUUCACCCCGCCAUCGCAGCGGUCUUCUUCUCUCUCUUCCGCCUCUGCGUCUUCCUCUAUCACUCUUACACAGGCUCACUCUUCCUCCACUCGUCUACCCCGCCAGUUCAAGAGAUUCUGCUCCUAUAGGAGAAUGUGUCGUGCAAGGCGAGGUGAAGAUGGCGCCCCGGGCUCCAUGCCUGUGGCCGCUGCUGGUCGUGAGAUCCUCCCCGCCAACGUGAAGCCUUUGCACUAUGACCUGACUCUGGAGCCUAACUUCGAGGAUUUCUCCUUCAAGGGAACCGUCCAUAUUGACCUCGACGUUGUUGAAGAGACUACCUCCAUCACCUUGAACGUUCUCGAGCUCACCAUUGAUUCCGCUGCUAUCGAGACUAAUGGAACCGAGAUCACUACCUCGUCUCCUGUAAGCUAUGACAAGGAUAAGCAGACUGCUACCAUCACUCUCGGCGAGAAGGUUGCCGCUGGUACAAAGGCCAAGUUGAACCUCAAGUUCACCGGUACCCUGAACGAUAACAUGGCUGGGUUCUACAGAUGUUCAUACAAGGACACCAAUGGCAACCAAAAGUACAUGGCCUCCUCCCAGAUGGAGCCUACCGACUGCAGAAGGGCUUUCCCUUGCUUCGAUGAGCCCUCUCUGAAGGCCCAGUACACCGUCACCCUUAUUGCAGACAAGGACAUGACCUGCCUGAGCAACAUGGAUGUGGAAUCAGAGACUGAAGUCAAGUCUACCAUGGUCAGCCAUCCCAGAAAGGCUGUUAAGUUUACCAAGUCUCCACUCAUGUCCACUUACCUCGUGGCUUUCAUUGUUGGCCAUCUCAACUAUAUCGAGACAAAGGCAUUUAGAGUGCCAAUUAGAGUGUACGCUACUCCAGACCAAAACAUCGAGCACGGAAGAUUCUCCCUAGAUCUUGCUGCCAAGACCCUUGCCUUUUACGAAAAGACAUUCGACAACAAGUACCCACUGCCCAAGAUGGACAUGGUUGCCGUCCCCGACUUCGCUGCAGGUGCUAUGGAGAACUGGGGCCUAGUCACCUACCGAAUCGUCGAUGUCCUGUACGACGAAAAGACGACCGGUGCCGCUACCAAGGAACGUAUUGCCGAGACUGUACAACACGAGCUUGCUCACCAGUGGUUCGGAAACCUGGUUACUAUGGAUUUCUGGGAUGGCCUCUGGCUCAACGAGGGCUUCGCCACGUGGAUGUCAUGGUAUUCAUGCAAUGUCUUCUACCCGGAAUGGAACGUUUGGCAGACUUAUGUUAUCGACAACCUCCAACAGGCCUUGUCUCUUGACUCCCUCAGAAGCAGUCACCCCAUCGAGGUCCCAGUCAAACGCGCCGAUGAGAUAACCCAGAUCUUUGAUGCCAUCUCUUACUCCAAGGGCUCCGCUGUCCUCCGAAUGAUUUCCAAGUACAUGGGUGAAGAGAACUUCCUUCAGGGGGUUAAGGCUUACAUCAAGAAACACGCCUAUGGAAACACUACCACCGGUGAUCUCUGGGCUGCGCUCAGUGAAGCUAGUGGCAAACCCAUCGAUAAAGUGAUGGAUAUCUGGACCAAAGACGUUGGCUUCCCCGUCCUUACCGUAAAGGAGAACAAGGAAAAUCAGACCAUCAAUGUCCAGCAAAACCGUUUCCUUCGUACCGGAGAUGUCAAGGCUGAGGAUGAUAGGAUUCUUUACCCUGUUAUCCUCGCUCUAAAGAGUCGUGAUAAUAUCGACCAAGCUGCUGUCCUCUCAGAACGAAGCCAGGACAUCAAGGUCGACCUCGACUUCUAUAAGCUCAACGCGGACCACUCAUCCCUCUUCAGAACCUGCUACACCCCAGAACGCCUAGAGAAGCUAGGAAAAGAUGCCAAGGCAGGUCUCCUGACUGUCGAGGACAAGGCUGGUAUGAUUGCUGAUGCCGGAGUCCUUGCCGCAUCUGGCUACCAAAAGACCUCUGGAAGUUUGUCUCUCCUCAAGGAAUUCGACCAAGAGAACGAGUUCGUUGUCUGGAAUGAAAUCCUCACUCGCCUCGGUUCAAUCAGAGGUGCCUGGAUCUUCGAGGGCGAGGAGACCAAGGAUGCUUUGAAAACUUUCCAGCGCAACCUGGUCAGCAAAAAGGCUCAUGAGCUCGGCUGGGAAUUCACUGAGAAGGACGGCCACGUCCUCCAGCAAUAUAAGGCCCUCAUGUUCAGCGCUGCUGGCUCUGCUGGUGAUGAGAAAGUCGUUGCUGCUGCCACCGACAUGUUCAAGCGCUUCGCCUCUGGUGACCGUGACGCCAUCCACCCUAACAUCCGUGGCAGUGUAUUCGACAUUGCUCUUCGAAACGGUGGGGAAAAGGAAUGGGACAUCGUCUUUGACAGAUACAAGAAUGCUCCUACCUCUGCCGAAAAGAACACCGCUCUCCGCUGCCUAGGCUCCUGCGAGGACCCAGCCAUGGUUCAGAAGACCCUCGCUCUUACUCUUUCCGAGGAGGUUAGAAUCCAGGACAUCUACAUGCCCAUGUCCGGACUUCGCUCCCACUCUGCGGGUAUACUAGCACGCUGGAAGUGGCUACAGGAGAACUGGGCACCCUUGACCGAGAGGCUCCCUCCCGCGUUCUCUAUGCUGGGAUCUGUUAUUCAGAUUGCCUGUGCUAGCUUGUGUACUGAGGAGCAGUUGAAGGAAGUCGAACAAUUCUUUGGGGACAAGGACCACAAGGGUUACGACCGAUCCCUAGAGCAGAGUCUCGACGCUAUUCGUGCUAAGACUGGCUGGCUUUCGCGUGACCGUGAAGACGUAGAGACUUGGCUCAAGUCAACCGGUUACAAGGCCUAA